AUGGCAGCCAUCUACACCGUGUUCACUAGCCCAAGUCAUGCCCCGAUCCCUAACCACCUUCCAACGCUCAUAGUCACUCCCCAUGGGCAACCUUCCAACAUCCUUUACUCUUACCUUCAUACCAAUUUCAAUGCCGAAAAUUACCUUCUCACUCCCAGCCCUCAAGGCGAUCUCUGCGUUGCGAAGAUGUUUCCUCCUAAUCGCAAUGCCCCUGGAGCAAAAUCCGCUGCCUCUGACCCCGGUCAUUCUUCGGGCGCCGCGUCUCGGGCUGUCCGAUGCGAAGCGUCUCGCAACUUGAAAUGGACCAUCGCUAACACUGGAGUUAUGUCCCCUAUUUAUAAACUCUCCCUACCCUCCCCCAACGGACCCGACUUGCCUCUCUUCCAAGUCUCGAAACCAAACCCCAAUGCCACAUUCUGGUCCAUGUUUUAUUUUGCGUAUGCUGGCCAUCUCAUUCCUCCUAAGCGCAUCGAAUUUGGAAAAAUUCAGAAGAAUCCUCCUGGUCCAGGUGGAGGCGGUACCCGUAUUUCUAUCACGGGGAAAACCCCAGAGGAAAAGGCGGUAUGGCAAACAUUGGGAGAGGGGAACGAGGACUGUGUUGAAUGGGUUGUCCUGUGUGCUGCUCUUAAUCUUUUAGAUGAUGAAAUAUUGAAAGCAGCUGAAAAGGCAGGACCACCACCUGUGUCCAUACCCCCUCAGCUACCGGCGACUAGUCGACCAGUUAACGGCCAACCGGUGCCUGUGCGCCAAGGCUCUGGCAGUCAACAACGCCCUCAUCCACAGCAUCAACCACCGCCACAAAGUCUUCAGCCGUCUGGCCGACCACCUCAGAUGCCAUCGCAACAGCAACAACCACAGUAUCCAAAUGGCGCGCGCGGUCCUCCCUCCGGAGUUUCCGUACCUUACGCGCCUAAUGGACAGCAGAGAAUCUACAACCCCAAUCAACCAAAUGCGCAAAACCCUGUAUCCGGCCAGCAAAUCUAUCCCUCGCAGCAAGCGCUGCCACGUCCUCAGCAACAGCACAAUCGACCUGCUCCUAUGGGUGGAUAUAUACCACCCCAACAGAAUUUCCCCAGCCGUGCAGGAACAAUGCCACUCCCAGGUCAGAAUGGUAGCGCUCAACCAGUGAGGCGAAUUUGAUUGUGUAUUCUGGCAAUGUGCACGUCUUGUCCGUUGGUCGAGCAACACCGGGACAUUGUUCUGCCAUUUUUCGGUAUCAUGGGCUAUUACUGUGCUCUUUAUUUAUUGGCUUUGAAUUGUGCGAGCGCUUUUGUUAUCAACACGAUAUGACUGGCCAAUUUCCUGCGUUUAUCGUACGUGCAAGCUCGCCAUCUGUGGAUACCCUGACCGUGAACCUCGCUGUUCACUCCUUUCCGCUCCUUAGUUACGUUACCUACACAAGUUCAGUUGCCUCUUCUCUUUGUUGGGUCGUCCAAGUCUUGUGCCAUUGUGUUGUCAACAGUACCAAUUAUUAUUGACCAUUAUUAUGUCA